UGGGAGGACGUGGGCGGUCUCAGCCAGGUGGUGGCGUCCCUGCGCGAGGCCCUGCUGCUGCCCUUGAAGUACCGGGAGCUGGUGGGAGCGGCGCCGCUGAGGCUGAGGACCGGCGCGUUGUUGUACGGCCCACCGGGCUGCGGAAAAACACACGUGGUGGCAGCUGCGGUGGCGGCGGUCUUUCUAACCGUCAAGGGCCCGGAGCUGCUCAACAAGUACAUUGGCGCCAGCGAGGCGGCAGUACGGGACCUCUUCGCGAGGGCGGCAGCAGCGGCACCUGCCGUACUUUUCUUCGACGAGUUCGACGCCAUCGCACCGCCUCGUGGCCAUGACUCCACAGGUGGGCCCCCCGGGUGUGUCACUGACCGCGUGGUCAACCAGCUGCUCACCGAGCUGGACGGUGUGGAGGGUCUGCGGGGUGUGGUGGUGCUGGCCGCCACCUCCCGACCCGACCUCAUAGACGCCGCCCUGCUGCGACCCGGACGACUGGACAGACUGCUGUUCUGCGGACCACCGGAGAGCGGGGGGGAGAGACUGAAGGUGGGGAUGGUGGUGGGUUGGGGGGUGGUGGAGGGGAAGUGUGGUGGUGAAGGCGACGUGUGUAGGAAAGGGAAGGGGAGAGAAGCCGUCUGGAUGUGGGUGUUGGGGGUUGGGGGUGUAUGUAUGUUUGGGUUGGACGUUUAA